GCUUAAAAUUAAUGCUGAGAUUGCGUGCGGCGGUCGAUGCAACAGAAAAGGGCCGCGACGCUGGGGCUUCAAGAACCCUAGCGCCAAAUUUGCGUUGGAGUUCGCGAGGUUUGAAUUUUUAUCCAGUUGAAGGCGAAAUCACUAGCACCUACCCUUUAUUCAAGACACUGAUCCAUAGGUGGAAGUGAAGUAUCUCCCAAUCUUUUAUGCCAAUUGUUCUUCUCUGCUCCACGGGCAAACUAGAACCGUGAUUCAAGAUUCGCCGCGGGAUGAAUCGGAAGAAAGAGCUCUGUAGGAAUUUUCAGCGCGGAAGUUGCCAAUAUGGAUCUCGCUGCAAAUUUCUUCAUACCACUCAACAAGAGACAAAACCUAAUCCCUAUGGUUUUGGGAACCAGAGUACCAUACAUUUUCCAAACACUACUCAGCAACAAAAGCCAAAUCCUUAUGGUUUUGGAGUGCAAAACAAGCCCCAAUUACAGAACAACACCCCUCAGAAAGGUUCCUCCAAUUUUGUAGCUAAAUACCAAACUCCUGCCAAGCCAUUUGAAAACAAGUGGACAAGAUCAUCCUCGUCUGGAGCUGCAAAUGUAACUGCUACACAAGCUCAAGCUCAGUCCCAAGUAUCAGAUCACAAGUGCACAGAUCCUGAAUCCUGCAAAAAACAAAUAAUCGAAGAUUUUAAGAAUGAAGCACCUCUUUGGAAGCUUACUUGUUAUGGCCAUCGCAAGUAUGGUCCUUGUGACAUUGUUGGUGAUAUCAGUUAUGAAGAACUUCGGUCAGCUGCAUAUGAUGAUGCAAGGCAAGGAUCAAGUGUUCAGUCUAUUGUUGAGAGAGAGAGGAAGUUAUACCUUUCCAAGUUGAAUGAAUUUGAUAAUCUAUUGAAAAAACCAUAUGGUUCACAAAGCCCUAGUUUUCAUCAAAUGAAUUCCACUCCCAUUUCAAGCUCACCUCAGAUGAGUCAGUCUCCUAUGUUGAUGAACAAUGCAUCAUCCGUAAAUGCUCAAGGAAAUAAUGUCCCCUCCUUUUCAAGUUUUAGUCAAAUAAAGGCAACAACUAAUCUUGGCUAUGAGAACAGGUCUGAUCCACAAGGAUUCCCCAGCGGUAAUUUUGGUCAACCUAGCCCUUUCCAGAAAGUCAGCCAAAGUUCUUUUGGUUUUGGAAAAUUUGGAAAUUCAGGAUUGUUUGGUCAGCAGCCAAUACAACCAGCUGGAAACUUUCCAAAUCCAAGCGUUUCUUCAUUUAACUUUGCUGUAAGGCCUAUUGGGUCUCCGUCUCCCCAGAAUUUUGGUGGCACAAAUAGUCAACAACUCAACUCUGUUAGUAGGGCUGGUACCCCUUCAAGUGAUGAUGAGUUUGAGGUUGAUGAUAGUAUUUGGAGAAAGGAAGAAUGGAAGAUAGGAGAGAUUCCUGAAAGACCGCCUCCAGCUGGUGUAUGUUGACAAUAUUACUACUAUGGGGAAAACAAAGAUUUGCUUGUCCUCACUGGCUCAGCAUAUGCAUUCUCUAUUAAAUGCUGCUUUCUCCAAGAUGCUGGAGGAUGUUCACUUUCCAACUUAAUGCGAUGAAUAUCAGGCAUCAAAAAUGUAAUCUUUGGAACCCUUUGCUUCAUGAAGUUCUUUGAGGCCAUGCACCUUUUAAGCUGAAGUUCUUCGCAUAAAAAACUAAGCUGCUCAUGAAGAAUCUCUGCCGAGUGGAUUGGAGGGAGGGUAUAAUGAAUUUGAUUCUGAUGCACAAGGUUUUGAAUCCAUUUCCAGGUUUUAUGCCCGCUAUUCUGAUGCACAAGGUUCUGAAGAAUGUCUAUUUGUAAGUUUUCUGUGUCUGUUUUCAUUUUCUUAAUUUAUUAUUGUAAUUUUUUAUAUUUGACGCAAAAUUAAAUAUCUUUUGCUAAAAAAGAAGUUAUUAUUAGGAUCAUCAAUUUAUCCUUCA